CCGGUUUGCAGACAGCCCGUUGGAAACACGCACAUCUUUGAUGCGAAGAAAAUAUACACAUUAAUGGGACGUUUUAUCUGAAGCCCCGCCCUCCUACCUGUAAAUCUCCCCAACAAUCUGUGGAGCAGAUCUGACGGACUGCCUGGAUCAGCUGAGGAAAGUGAAUGGGGACAGCGACGUGUCAUUGAGAGCGGAAUAGCUAGUCGCCGAAAUAUCGAUGUUUGAACGGGUUAUUCCACCUAGCCUCGCAAGACUACAAAGAGCAGCUUGAUUCCCAACUGAAUAGCUUUGGAGACAUUGAUUAAGUUGUCGUUUAUGAGCGAAAUAUCGAUUAGACACCACUGAGGCGACUCUGUCACUGGAUGGACGACAGAGAGCUUGAACGUACACAAGCCGCCUGAAGAGACAGUCGUUUGUCCGCUUUUCUCUCAAGAAUCCACUGCUUUCUCACUGAUAACAACAGAGACUACACGAAUAUUGGUUCUAGACUCCAUUUUAUUUAGACGAUAUGGAAAAAGACGAGGAAAACCCUUUAAAAUGAAAAUACGAAGUCGUCGUUAAUGCGGAUUUAAAUGUCUCGCGCUGAGGGGAACGGACGCGCGAUUUCUCCUCACGCUCUCCAAGCUGCUGUAUUUCUCACACAAACAAUAUUAUUUACACUGAGCAGACGUGGAUAGAAAAACAGAAAGAAGAAAGGAGAGGGAUAUUUCAAGCAAUAUGGCUGAUGGCUGGGGUUGGGGGCGCUGGCAGGAGCUGUCCAAAGCUUCUCAAUGCUAGUGGCAGAUGGCAACGGAUCCUAUGGCAGCAGCAGCUCUAGAAUGAGUAAUACUUUCAAUUUUAAUAAAAAUCCGGACUCUUCUGUCUCUAUAUCGAAGAUGGACGUGAUCAUUCCAUUCUCACCAGACGUUCCCUGUGACAACAAUGGUCAGCGCAUGUGGUGGGCUUUCCUUGCCUCAUCCAUGGUGACGUUCUUCGGGGGUCUCUUCAUCAUCCUCCUAUGGAGAACCCUCAAGUACCUGUGGACUGUCUGCUGCCAUUGCAACAUCAAAAACAAGGAGGCACAGAAGGUGAAUAACCCUGUAAACAUUCAGGCUGAUGGCACACCGAAGAUCCUGAAUGAUAAGGAUGAGGCCCCAGCCAGUGAGGUGGGCUGGAUGACCUCAGUCAAAGACUGGGCGGGGGUCAUGAUCUCCGCACAGACCCUUACCGGCAGAGUUCUGGUGGUGUUGGUCUUUGCACUCAGCAUCGGAGCUCUGGGAAUAUACUUCAUAGAUUCUUCGGAUCCUAUAGAAUCCUGUCAGAAUUUCUACAAAGACUUCACAUUACAAAUUGACAUGGCAUUCAAUGUGUUCUUCUUACUCUACUUUGGCCUGCGUUUCAUAGCAGCCAAUGAUAAGCUGUGGUUCUGGUUGGAGGUGAACUCAGUGGUGGACUUCUUCACCGUACCGCCCGUGUUUGUGUCAGUUUAUCUGAACAGGAGCUGGUUGGGUCUGAGGUUUCUAAGAGCCUUGAGAUUGAUACAGUUCUCAGAAAUUUUACAGUUUUUGAAUAUCUUAAAAACAAGUAAUUCCAUCAAGCUGGUGAACCUGUGUUCCAUCUUCAUAAGCACAUGGCUCACUGCUGCAGGAUUCAUUCAUCUGGUGGAAAACUCAGGGGAUCCAUGGGAAAACUUUCAAAACUCUCAACCGCUCUCAUAUUGGGAAUGUGUGUACUUAUUAAUGGUCACUAUGUCCACUGUGGGAUAUGGAGACGUCUAUGCAAGAACCACUCUUGGACGCCUUUUCAUGGUCUUCUUCAUUCUUGGUGGUCUGGCCAUGUUUGCCAGCUACGUCCCUGAAAUCAUAGAGUUAAUAGGAAACCGCAAGAAAUAUGGUGGUUCCUAUAGUGCGGUAAAUGGCAGAAAGCAUAUUGUGGUCUGUGGUCAUAUCACGCUCGAAAGUGUUUCCAACUUCCUUAAAGACUUCCUACACAAGGACAGGGAUGAUGUCAAUGUAGAAAUUGUUUUUCUUCAUAAUAUUUCCCCUAAUCUUGAGCUGGAAGCCUUGUUCAAACGUCACUUCACUCAGGUGGAAUUCUAUCAAGGAUCUGUCCUUAACCCACAUGAUCUAGCAAGAGUGAAGAUCGAGUCAGCUGAUGCCUGCUUGAUUCUUGCAAACAAAUACUGUGGAGACCCUGAUGCUGAAGAUGCGUCUAAUAUCAUGAGAGUAAUAUCUAUCAAGAACUACCAUCCAAAGAUCAGAAUAAUCACUCAAAUGUUGCAAUACCACAAUAAGGCCCAUCUGCUAAACAUUCCCAGCUGGAACUGGAAGGAGGGUGAUGAUGCGAUCUGCUUGGCCGAGUUGAAGGCUGGCUUCAUAGCCCAGAGUUGCCUGGCACAGGGCCUGUCCACUAUGCUCGCCAAUCUCUUCUCCAUGAGGUCAUACAUCAAGAUAGAGGAGGACACCUGGCAGAAGUAUUAUCUAGAGGGAGUUGCUAAUGAAAUGUACACCGAAUACCUGUCCAGUGCCUUUGUGGGGCUUUCAUUUCCUACAAUUUGUGAGCUGUGCUAUGUCAAGCUCAAGUUGCUGUUGAUUGCUAUUGAGUACAAGUCAGAGCAAAGGGAAAGCAGAAGCAGAAAGCGUAUUCUCAUCAACCCCGGAAAUCACGUUAAGAUGCAAGAGGGGACAUUGGGAUUCUUUAUCGCCAGUGACGCCAAAGAGGUGAAAAGAGCAUUUUUCUACUGCAAAGCAUGUCAUGAUGACAUCACAGAUCCCAAAAGGAUCAAAAAGUGUGGCUGCAAGAGAAUGACAUAUUCCAAGAUGUCCGUCUACAAGCGAAUGAAACUGGCAUGUUGUUUUGAUUGCGGGCGCUCUGAGCGCGACUGCUCGUGCAUGACAGGCAGUGUACAUAGUAACAUGGACAGUCUUCAGAGGGCCUUCCCACUUUCUUCUGUCUCUGUUCAUGAUUGCUCAACCAGUUUACGUGCCUCCAAAUAUAAGUUUAACGGAUAUGUCAGAUCACUCGAUGAUGAGCAUCCGUCAACACUGUCACCCAAAAAGAAGCAACGCAACGGAGGCAUGCGAAAUUCACCCAACUGCUCGCCCAAAAUGACGAGACAUGACCCUCUGCUCAUUCCGGGAAACGAGCAGAUUGAGAACAUGGAUGCUAAUGUGAAAAGAUACGACUCUACUGGAAUGUUUCACUGGUGUCCCUCCAAAGAAAUUGAGAAGGUCAUUCUGACACGCAGCGAGGCCUCCAUGACGGUUUUAAGUGGACAUGUAGUAGUCUGUAUAUUCGGAGAUGUCACGUCAGCUUUAGUGGGGCUUCGAAACUUGGUGAUGCCUUUGAGAGCAAGCAACUUCCAUUACCACGAGCUAAAGCCCAUUGUGUUUGUGGGCUCAUUAGAUUAUCUGAGAAGAGAGUGGGAAACCCUUCACAACUUCCCCAAAGUCUCCAUCUUACCAGGUACGCCAUUAAGUCGAGCUGAUUUAAGAGCCGUCAACAUCAACCUCUGCGACAUGUGCGUUAUCCUGUCAGCCAAUCAGAACAAUAUCGACGAUGCUUCACUGCAGGACAAGGAAUGCAUCUUGGCGUCUCUUAACAUCAAAUCUAUGCAGUUUGAUGACAGCAUUGGGGUCUUGCAGGCUAAUUCCCAAGGUUUCACUCCUCCGGGGAUGGAUAGGUCAUCUCCAGAUAACAGUCCAGUGCACGGCUUAGUGCGGCAGGCAUCCGUCACCACGGGAUCAAACAUCCCGAUCAUAACUGAACUCGCUAAGCCUGGCAAACUACUGCCUUUGGUUUCAUUCAGUCAGGAAAAAAACAGUGGAACCAACAUACAAAUGAUAACCGAACUGGUAAAUGACUCCAACGUUCAGUUUUUGGACCAAGAUGAUGAUGACGACCCAGAUACGGAGCUGUAUCUGACCCAACCGUUUGCCUGUGGUACUGCCUUCGCCGUCAGCGUGUUGGACUCCCUGAUGAGUGCGACAUACUUCAAUGAUAAUAUCCUCACCCUGAUCCGGACGCUGGUCACGGGAGGCGCCACUCCGGAGCUGGAGGGCCUGUUGGCUGAGGAGAAUGCGCUGAGAGGUGGCUACAGCACGCCACAGACGCUGGCUAACAGGGACAGGUGUCGGGUCGCCCAGCUGGCCCUAUACGAUGGGCCCUUCGCAGACUUGGGGGAUGGUGGUUGCUACGGAGACUUAUUUUGUAAAGCAUUAAAAACGUACAACAUGCUUUGCUUUGGAAUCUACAGAUUGCGAGAUGCACAUUUAGGUGCACCAAGCCAGUGCACAAAAAGAUAUGUCAUCACAAAUCCGCCUUAUGAGUUUGAGCUGGUGCCCACGGACCUGAUAUUCUGUCUGAUGCAGUUCGACCACAACGCGGGCCAGUCCCGAGCAAGCCUGUCCCACUCCUCCCAUUCCUCUCAUUCAUCCAGCAAGAAGAGUUCGUCUGUUCACUCCAUCCCCGCCACGAACCGACAGAACCGCAGCAGCAAAGCACGUGAAGCCCGUGACAAACAGAAUGCAACAAGGAUGAAUAGAAUGGGCCCAGAAAAGAGAUGGUUUACAGAUGAAGCAGAAAAUGCAUACCCAAGGAACAUUCAAAUCAAGCCCAUGAGCACUCACAUGGCCAACCAAGUCAAUCAGUACAAAUCCACUAGCAGUCUGAUUCCACCUAUUCGAGAAGUUGAAGAUGAAUGCUGAACGAAUCCCCGGCCUUUACCAUCACAGAGGGACUUGGGUCAUCCUGCUGUAAAAGAUGAGCGCUAAUCGCGAAACGAUGACUGUUGAUGAUGGAGACACAUUGUCCUUCCCUUGUUCGACUCAAGGGUCUGAAGCGAUUGAGAACUGGAAAGGACUUCCUAUGUGUAUACCUUUAAUGUAACUUCCAUACUUUUAUAUAUGUAUACAUAGUGAUGUACAUAAUGACAAUCAAGUAAGGAUUGUACAGCCCCCCUAGCACUUUUUGAAAUUAUGUUAACAGGCAAACAAAAGAAGAAAACAAAUAGUACUUCCUGUGAUUCUUUGCAAUAUCUCACCUCUGCCGUGACCUGACUCCAUGCAGAGGGCGCUAUAAUGGAGGAUGAGGGUCACUGUCGUUCACUUCAUCCAAACACUACCCAAAGAUUAGCCCCGCCGAUUGAGUUGCGUAUCCGUCGUCCAUUUCAUUUUGCACUACCGCAUAAUAACUCAAGCACUGCUCGCAGAAGAGUCAAAGCUUACCCUCGGUUCUCCUCUGAGUUUGGGCUGAAGUCACAGGCUGAGGCUGUUAAACGAAUGGCUUUGUCCAAGGAAACGGGUGUUUGCGUGACUGUCUUCAUGCAUGGUGUGUGCCGAAAAGCUGCCUGAACGUUUGGCUCAGGAAAGGAUGCCCAUUUGCAUCCCUACAGACCUAGGCACGUAUACAGAUGGAAAUGUUUGCUGUACCUAAUGCAAAUGGUCGUCCCCAACGUAGCUCUUCGGAAUUGGCAAUACAUUGAGGAUAUGCACUACUUCUGUUGAUGUCUUUCCAUCAUACAUGACUGUUGAUGUGGGAAACUGUCUGUGAUCGAGGCUUAUAACACGUUUGUUUGCGUCUGCGGCUCUGCUAUUAAUACAACUGAAUGAAACACUACUGUCACCUGCUGAUAAUUCAACAAUGAUUGAGCUUUUGCGCUGAAAUAAAAAAAAAAAAAUACAAUUGAAAAUGCCACAUAUUGCGAUAAGUGGGCAUAAUUGGUUCCUCCUUUGGGUAGCCACUGCCUGACACGGGGUUGGCACAGGGGCUGAAAAGUGCUUGGAUGUUCCCUGUGACCAACUGUGAUGCCUUAAUCUCUAGACCGAAUGCAUAAGCUCAAUCAUAAUGUUCAAUUAUCAGUCUAAGUUGUAACUUGUGGAUGAUUCUUGCUGUGGACUGAAUGCAUUUGAACGUCACUCACUUCUAUCAAGGCUACACAGAUAAGUUGUACCUUUAAAGUAGAACGUAUACUGAUACAUAUGCUUCACAGACCUUUGAACUUUGCUUCAAGUGCUCUGUCAGAUUUAUACAUAAGUACAUACUUAUUUUUUAUCCAUGAGCGUAAUCAUUUUGUACUUAUUUUUAUACAUAUCAGAGAACUUUAUUUCUAAAUGUAUCUUAAAGAUAUCGUAAUAGCUACAGUGCACAGCAGUUCAGUUUUACCCCUGACAACACAACAUAUCACAUACCAUCAACUGGGACACGUCAAACAUCUGUGAACCGAGUCAAACCGGUUCAAUUUCAGCCUUCUAUCUGGAGUGCUCUUUGAUACUCACAUGGGCUGCUUUGAAGGACUUUGAGCUCUACUACUAAAACAGCAUAUAUGCUUUCAUUUUCAUAAGCUAACAGAGAUGAAAACCCAUAUUGAAUGACUGAUGACACUUAUCUGUAAUUCCAGGUAAAGUGAUGUUGAUCCUCAGACAGACUUGAACUCAGAGAUGUGCAAGAGGAGGGGCUCUGCUCUUUCUGUAAUGAGGGUAGAGUUAUAGUGAUAUUAGCCAUGUUUGACCUAAAUUAGGUCUUGGUAAAGAGAAGAGCAUGCUGAUGUACUUGUGCAAACGUAAUUUGGUCAGAUCUGCAGUGAGCUAAUAGCCAUAUGAUUGUAGAUGCAAGAAAAGAGACAUUAGCACAUGUCCAUCCAUUGAGCAAAAGAAGAUAAAUCUGGUGUAUAAAUUCUGCCCGUUCUAGUCCACGUUUUUUUUUUUUUUUUUCUCUCAAGUAAAAAGGAUCUCAGCUUUAUUGUUUGUCUAUUUGACAAUUAGGCUUGGUCCUGAAGUGAUUUUCUGAAUUGUGAUUACAUUGGUGUUACACUUUGUAGCAAGUAGAUUUCUUAAUAAAUAAAUUAAUAAAAAAAGAAUAAUACUAAUGUGAGUAAACUGUAUGUAUAAUUGGAUUGUCAACAUACUUGCUAGCCUGAAAAAAAGAGGAAUCCAUUUGAGUUAAAUGUCCAAUUUCAAUUUCUAUGUAAAGUCAUUUUCCUGUAAUGAAACUACAAAGUCACGCAGUAAAGACAGCAGGUUUCAUUUGAUGAGAAAAGUGUAGAUGCACGUUGAGGGAAGCAGAAAGCAAACUAGCUCUUUCUUCGUGAGGAUUAUUAACCAUCAGGUUUUAACAUUCCAUUUUGUCAUCAGCAUUUCAAUCCUUUACAAUCGCAUAUAGUCAAACCCAGCUGUUUGUUUACAGACCUUUUUCUUUCUUUCAACACACAUACUCAGGUAGCAAUCCUGAUGACAAAGCUACAAAAUAAAGCUGGCUUACAUUUUCUUGUUACCUUUUGUAGUAUGAGGUGAUACUGAUAUUUUCUUCUCCACUGCAACAAAUGUGCAAUGUUUUAGCAUCAUGCAAUUUAUUUGUACAUCUUGUGAAGAUACUACAGUGUACACAUAUCUCAGUUUCUACAGUGCCAUGAAAUGUAUCUGUCUACCAGCAUCAGUCAGUCAUUGGUUUGUGACAGUGAAUGAAUAUUGUGGCAUCUAAUACUGGCAUGGAGAACAUCCAAGCCAUUCUUGCCUCCAUGCCAGGACAGUGCCAGGCAGUGCAGGGAAAAAAAACAAAGGAGGAACACCGUAAGACCCACUAGAGCGAAAAGUGGCAUUCAAACAGGCAUAUGUGCCCAUACAAGCUGCUGAAAUCCUAGCAACUUGGUUAUCGAUACUGGAAAAAUCAAAAAAGGGGACAGCAAUGGCUGAAGGAUGCUGGGAAGAACUGACUAUAAUGUUUAGUUCGAUCACCUGUCAUUGUAUUCAAGAGUGUUUUAAUUAAAGUAACAUAUAAAGCAACCUUACUGAUGUGCUAUGUAAUACACAACUGUCAUAUUUUGGCUAUUUUAUUCUACUGUAAAGGACAGAUUUAAGUUUUAGAAACUGUAUAAAGAAAAUACACUGUAACAGAAUAAAUACUUGGAGGGGAAUUAAGUCUUAACAUGCUGAACUUGCAUAUGGAUUACUGUUUUGUUGCUGUCUUUUCUUCCACUUCAAUAAAUAAUCAAAACAUCCAUA